UUCACAGGUCCGCGGGCGGACGCGCGGCCGGAAGGACUGGCACCCCGGUCCCGGCCCGAUCCUCCCGCGGGUCCGCUCCGACUCGCCUCCCUCGCAGCCAGAGUUUUCUUUCAGUUUUGCUGGACAUUCUUUGCCGCCCCCUCGACGGAGUCGGGGCCAGCGCGGGGCGAAGGAGCUCCGCCCGCGGGGCUUCCCCUGCGGCGGGAGGCGGGCGGCGCGGGCUUGGGCAGUUCGGUUCGGUUCUGCAUGGCGCGAGCGCGGGGCGGGAGGACGGCGCCUCCACGCGCCCCCUGCCCCGCCGAGUCUCCUCAAGAACUCGGGAGCGGCGACAGAAGCGGGAGCCGCUGAGAAAUCAGCGGCGCGUCUCACUGCCUGCGCCCCAGACUCCGCGGGCCGGAGAUGAGGCGGGGAUGGGGACUUUGGUCCGCACUCUGCUCCUUCUGCUGGCGCUGGUGAUUCGGUCAGGUGAUGGCAACGAGGGCAGCAUCGCUGGAAGUUGUCACUGUGAUAGGAUAAUCCCUUCUAACGUCCCUGCCCAUGUUCAAUUCAUGGAACACUUCCGAAAAUACGGGAAGAGCUACCAUCGCUGUCCCUCGUACGUCAGGUUCGAGCUUCGUUCCCAGAGUGUGUGCGGGGGCAGCCGAGACCAGUGGGUUCUUGAGGUGAUGAGCUGCUUUGAUCGCAGAGAGUGUGGGCAUGCUUAUCGGGAGAAUCAAGUCCAUCAGAAGCAUUCAUCUUCCCAUGGCACCCUGAUUCCUAGACCCCCAGAGGGGACACCACCAGACAGAAGCACUCCUGCCCAGAAGUACCCACCAUCUGCCUCGCAGCCUACCCCAAAGCCUACCCUUCUGCCAGGAACAUUCUUCUUGGAUAAACAUCUCACCCACCUCAAUGAAACCACCACUCCCAUUGUGGGUUACAGUCAGGAAGCUGGGUGUAGGAUUAAGGGGAACCAGAAAGAGCCCAAAGAAAAAGCAGGUGCUCCUGGUGGAUCAUCAGCUGUGGUGCCAGUACUGUCCCUCCUAGUCAUUGUCUUCCUCUUCACUGGAAUCUUCUUCUACAUGAAGUGCAGAAGGAGGGAGGUGCAGUCACAGCAGUACUCUCCAGUUGGUAUGGCCUCUGUUUAGAUGUACCUCCAAAGCUUCAUGCAGUCAUAGGUGGGGCUUUCUGGAGGUGGUUGGAUCUAGGGUGUAUGAUGCAGGGAUCAUGG